AAAUUGCUUCUCCAACUACACUUGUUACUCGUUCUAUUUUUUCAAAAAAAGAAAGAAAGAGUAGUUAGUGAGAAAAUAUGACAAAGAAAAUCCAAGAAACCAUCAAAUUGUUUGGGGUUGAAAUUAGUGUGAACAAUGUUUCUUCUUCUGGAGAAGAAUCAACAAGUGGUACGGGAGGGAUCAUGAGUAGCGGUAGUAGUUGUCGUAGUAGUAGUAAGGGAAGAAGAUGGAGUGAAGAUGAACAUAGAGCGUUCUUGAUUGGAUUGGACAAACUUGGAAAAGGAAAUUGGACUCGAAUUGCUAGAGAGUUUGUGCAAAGCAGGACAUCAACACAAGUAGCGAGCCAUGCCCAAAAAUAUUUUGACAGACAAAAAGAGAAGAGAGCACUCAAACGUAACAAGUCCAGUGUAUUCGACAUUAAUUUGGACCAAGAAUCCUCAAAUACUUGUCCUGAAUUGGUGUCGAAAAAUAAGAAGAAAGGCAAACAAGUAUUGAAUGAAGAAAGUCCAAUUUCACCAAUGCCAAUCAGCUACAUACUUCCUCCUAAUGGAAGCUAUGCCUAUACCUAUUUUCACAUGAACAAUUAUCAGUUUAAUUUUGUCUCAUCAUCAACUAAUGCAACUCCAGUAGUCCAUUCUAGUUCUGCGUCCGUGGAUGAUUUAGAUCUAGCUCUCUAGCUACUCAAGAUACGACACCAAUGAUUUUUGUUUUCACAAGAUGUAGCCAAUUUUGAAUUAAGAUUGUAUGUAGAAGUUGUCAGCUUUAUGCUUGUAACUAUUAAACUACUUUUCACUUGGGGUAUCAAUUGCAGUAUAUUUUCUAGUA